UAACUAAAAAUUAUGGUAAAUUGGAAGUGGCAUGAGUGUUUGCAUGUAAGCGAUAUAGAGAGAAGGUCGUUGUUUUAUUCCGUCAUGCUGUUCGAUAAGUAGAAACAUGCGACUCUGAUAAAUUCUUUUUUAUUUUUUAUCAAAGGCUCGAUUAAAUGAUCGUGAUGAAAUUCGACGCAAAUUAGCAGCGGGAAAUGAAUCUGAAGGUGAAAAUGAAGAUUAUUAUACAUCAGAUUAUAUAAAAAAAACAAUGAUCACAACAUCACAUCGGCGUCGACAAGGUAAAAAAAAAUGA